AUGGCAUCAAAGCUUACGUGCAGCGAAUCUUAUUUCCUCAGCGAGUGCCUAUAUGCUCCUUUCGAAGAUCUUGAGGAUACUCGCGAGGUCACUCUACACACGAUAACGAUUGGUUCUUUCAUCGAAGAUCCUGGGAAGGCCGACGACAUUGAUGCGAUCAGUUCUGUUCUGCGAAAGUAUUUACAGGAGAGGGGCACACCGUAUAUUCUAGAUAUCGAUCUUGAUUUCUUCAGUACUAAGAACCCGUUCAAGGAAAUCUACCCACUGGUUAAAAAUCUUUAUGAGAAACUUGGAGAUAUCUACUAUUUUGAAAAAACCUACACAGAUGAUCCCUUGAUUUUGAAAGAAAUUACCCAGGCAAGGAGCGAACAACUCGAUGAGUUGGAAAAGCUUUUUAACCAUCUCCAAAAUCAUCGUAAUCUUAAGGACUACGACGGAGAGAAGACAGGAAGAUAUGAAGCUGUAAAUCUCAUUUACGAGCAAGUAAUCAAAGCAUACAAAGAUACAGAAAUCAAUUGGAAUUUAAUACACGAUGCUGGUUGCACUAUAGAUGACACCGAACUACCACAUCAUGUUACUUCGCCACACGAUCUCCAACGUCUGAUAAACAUAACAUUUGCAAACUUCUUAGAGGCUUUACCAGGAGAGCCGACCAUCGUUACUAUUUCGAGAUCUGUCGAGGACGACUAUUGCCCAAUGGAAGACAUCGAUAUAAUUCAAAUGUCAGUUCUAAAUCAACUUAUUCAACGCAUAAAAUCUUCCGUAGAUAUUCAAGAAGAUUAUGAAAAAAGUAAUUAAUGGUAAACUAUUAUAUUAUACCACAUUAUAUAUUAUAAA